UGAAACAAACGUCUCUGCCACUUCGGAGAAACAGAUAAAACUUCCUUAUUCGGCGGCAAUUGUGGAUUUCAACUCCGAUUCUCGCGGCGGCGUUUUCACCUCUGGAACGAAACGGUCAUUAGGCAAAUUGCGAGUCUUCCUCCAUGGAUUUCCUGAACAAGUUCAACGUGCGCAAGGACGCAGAGAAAUCGCCUUCUGGUCCUGUUUCCUGGAUUGAAAUCUCCGAGUCUGUCUCACGCCGCUGCCAAUUUCAACCCGAUGGUCAACUUUCUGUGAAGAUUAUUGAUGACUCAAGACCAGCAAUUCAACGUGUUGUUGAUUCCUUCCUCAAUACAUUUUUUCCCUCAGGAUAUCCAUACAGUGUCAAUGAAGGAUAUUUGAGGUAUACACAAUUUCGAGCAUUGCAACAUGUUACUAGUGCAGCUUUGUCAGUGCUGUCAACUCAGUCACUGCUGUUUGCUGCAGGCUUGAGGCCAACUGCGGCACAGGCUACUGUUGUUAGUUGGGUUUUAAAGGAUGGGAUGCAACAUGUUGGCAAACUCAUAUGCAGCAAUUUAGGUACAAGAAUGGAUUCAGAGCCCAAAAGGUGGAGAGUUAUAGCUGAUGUCCUCUAUGACUUUGGUGCUGGCUUGGAAGUUAUUUCUCCCUUAUGCCCUCAUCUUUUUCUUCAAAUGGCCGGCCUAGGCAACUUUGCAAAGGGAAUGGCUGUAGUUGCUGCAAGAGCAACAAGAUUACCAAUAUAUUCUUCAUUUGCUAAAGAAGGCAAUCUUAGUGACCUUUUUGCCAAAGGGGAAGCCAUCUCCACUCUCUUCAAUGUUGUUGGAAUCGGAGCUGGGCUACAAUUAGCGUCAACUAUUUGUUCAUCAAUACAAGGAAAGUUAGUUGCAGCCCCUCUCCUUUCAAUUGUACAUGUCUAUUGCGUUGUAGAGCAAAUGCGAGCAACUCCAAUAAACACAUUGAAUCCACAGAGGACGGCAAUGAUCGUUGCUGAUUUCGUUAAGUCGGGAAGGAUACCGAGUCCCGCUGACCUAAGGUACCAUGAAGAUCUUGUUUUUCCUGGAAGACUCAUAGAGGAUGCUGGAAGUGUAAAAGUAGGAAGGGCUUUACAUGAGGUUAUUAAGCCAUCAAAACUUGUUGAAAUGAAACAAAUGUUCCCCGAGGAGAAGUUUGUUUUGAACCAAACUCACAAAUGGGUUGACAUGGUGUUGGAGCAUGAUGCCUCAGGCGAGGAUGCAUUACGGGGAUGGCUAGUAGCUGCAUAUACUGCAAACAUAAAAGGGCCUUCUCAUGAGCCAACUGCCAGCGUGUUGCUCGAGGCUUACGAAAAGAUGAACGAUGUGUUCACUCCGUUCGUAUCUGAACUUCAGGCCAAAGGGUGGCAUACUGAUCGUUUUCUCGACGGAGUGGGAACUCGUUUUGCAUGGUAGUUCUACAUUCUCUAUACUAUCUUUAAUCUUAGGUUCAUAUAGGUUUGUAGAUCUUAGAACAGGCAAUCAUUUUCUCACGAGAAGUCGAGUUGUUUUGCUUGAUGGUUCUUCAUUUGUCGGACUACUUUGAUUCAUGCAGGUUUGUUGAUAUCAGAACUAUAUACUAUAUGAAGUAGAAAUAGAUCAAACGUUGUUACU